AAAACCAAAAACCCGCGAGCUCCAGAAAUUUGACAGAUCAACGCAUUCGCCAUGUCUUCUCCUUCCGAAUUCUACAAUUCACUUCCACCAAUAAGCAAGGCUUAUGGGACUGCUUGUUUGGCUGUUACGGUUGCAUAUGCAUUGGGGAUAUGUAAUCCUGCAAACAUUGCAUUGCUUCAUGAACUAGUAUUUUACCGUUUUCAGGUGUGGAGAUUGAUUACGAACUUCUUUUUCCUUGGAAAAUUUUCUAUCAAUUUUGGGAUUCGCCUCUUAAUGAUUGCAAGAUAUGGUGUGCAACUGGAGAGUGGACCCUUCCAAAGACGCACAGCUGAUUUCCUAUGGAUGAUGAUAUUUGGAGCAUUAUCGUUGUUGGUUUUAUCUUUGAUCCCCUACUUCUGGAGCCCCUUCUUGGGAAUAUCAAUGGUUUUCAUGCUUCUAUAUGUCUGGAGUAGAGAAUUCCCAAAUGCCAAUAUCAACAUAUAUGGCCUUGUGACUCUAAAGGCAUUUUAUCUGCCAUGGGCCAUGCUAUUUUUAGACGUGAUCUUUGGUUCACCAAUUAUGCCAGAUCUCCUUGGGAUCAUUGCUGGACAUUUGUACUACUUCCUAACUGUGUUGCAUCCACUUGCCACAGGAAAGAUCCUUCUGAAAACGCCAAAUUUGAUAUACAAACUGGUAGCAAGAUGGAGAAUCGGUGAGCCAACCACCACUCGCACAGAGCCUGACAGGAGUUCUAGUGGACCAUUCAGAGGGAGAUCUUACCGCCUUGGCAGAUGAAUAUGUUGCUCCUCUGCUCAGAAUAGAAAAUUUCAUGCAUAAUUGUUAACAUCUAUUCCAUUUUAUAGAUGGGGUUAUACCUAUAUAAUGAGUUGACAUUUUAAAUGUGAUUCAGAUGCAGUAGCUGGAGAGAAUUUGUUGUUACACGAAUUACUGUUUUUUUUUAGCAUGUUGGGAUUUUGGGCUUCUUGGCAGUAAAAAGUAGAAGUAAUGAGAUGCUGAAGAAAGUGAAAACAGGUUGAAGAAAAUUUGGAUGGGUUAAAUGCUAAAUAUAUGCAAAUAUGCAAUAGUACUUGUA